UUAUACAUAUGUUUUAUGUUCCAGAAGAAAACUGAUCAGACUACCAGUCUGGAAAAUGCAGAUUCAGCUGGACAGCAACUACUGUCAGAUAUGUUCCAGGAACAACAUGAGUUACAGGAACAACAUGAGUUACAGGAACAACAUGAGUUACAGAAUGUGGAUACGCAGUUAAAGAAUGCUAUUAUUACUGGGAAGACAGAACUAGUGAAAACAUUGCUGCGCCAGACUGACAACCGUCAUGACGCCUAUGUAGAGGCGCACAUCCAGGCAAAGAAGGACAUUAUACAGAUUAUCUCAGUGAAGGAAAAUGAAGGAAUUGAGAUUCCUGACAAUAAUUUGAUCAGUCGGGUCUUAAAUGAACUCCAGCAGAGAAUAAAUAAAGUGUUCAGUGCAGCGUCAGUGGGAAACUACCGUGGAGGUGGAGUCAAGACUCUCUUAGAGUCUUACGGUCUCCCAGGAACCAUCAGAGACAAACGCGGCUGCUCUCUCCUACAUUAUAUGGCUGAAAUACUCAAUGAAGAUGGUUCACCAGCCUGGAGUUAUGAUGAUAUUAAAGAUUAUCUCGACACUGAGGAAUAUUACAUCAACGCUGUUGACUACAAGGGUCAGACGGUGCUGCACACAUUGGCAGGUCACCAACACAUCGGCAGGAACGUAAAAUGGAACGAUAAGGAUCAAAAGUUAGAGGAUGUGUGGUGUGCAAUGGCCAAAAUGUUUAUUGAGAAAGGCUGUAACCCAACACUCAGGAACCACAGCGGGAGAAGCCCAGAGGAUAUUGCUGUGGAUAAAAGUGAAAAUAAAUUUGUAAACAUCCUGAAUGAGAAAUCAUUGAAUUCAGAGUUUGAUUUCGAAAAAAUGACUGAACGUCACUCUCAGCUUGUUUCCGCUGCUGGAGAAGGUAACACAGAAACCAUGAAGCAGUUGUUGAAGAUUGGCGUGCCUCUGUUACCUAUGGCUGCUCGCGCUGAUCCACUGCUUCAUGCAAUACGACACAACCAAAGAGAUGCUGUGUUUUUGCUGCUAAGUGCUGGUGCUCCUCUCUGCAAUCAAUCAAUAGAGGAUGUGACACCCUUAGAGGGAGCGCACAACACUCUUGGAAUCCCUGCUGUUUUUCCUGCUCUCAUCCGCAUGGCAUACAGUGAGAAGAUACAGAUGGAGAUACAAACUUUAAAAGACUCUAAAAUCACAGGAAAAGAGGAGGAUGAACUUUUUCAGGCUAUGGAAUCUUAUCAAAAAACUUUUAAAAUCUCUGGAAAUUUUUCAAAAUUCAUACUGGAGAGUAAUAACUAUGAAGAACGAAGUAAAAAAGCGAGAGAUUUACUGUGUACUGCAGCAAUUCAUGGCCUCUCCCUAACUUGUGUUCUACUGGGCUUAGAAGAUGUUUGUAUUCACCCAUUACAAAAUGAAGAAAAUCCUUUCAAGUUGGCAUUCCUUGGAAAUCACUUUGAUACACAAGUCACUCUGUGUAGAGACAUGAACAUGGUUCCAUUUACCUUUUCUUUGCCACCUUCAGCAAUUUUGCCUGCAGAUUUAUUGCAAGAAUAUUGGGCGAAUGAAAGAAAAGUACUUAAGGAUAUUUGUUCAGGAAAACAUGACGAUACGAAGCUCAAUAAAUAUGAAACAAACAUUCUUAAGAAGUACAUUGAACAACUCAGUAAGGUGAAGUCAGACGAAGACUUGGAAUAUCAAGACAUUACCCUGGAGCGCCCUGAUGACUUUUUCUUAUAUCUUUUAGCUAAACAUGACCUUGUUUACAUACUUUUCAUACUCUGUGAGAAAUUUUUUAAAGAUAUGGAUAUAAAUAGGGUAGUAGAGCCAUUUUCAGAAUGUACGAUGUUGCACGUCGCCUCUGUGUAUGGAUGCUUAAAUAUGAUCGAGUAUCUUUUGUAUCGAAAUCCUGAACUAGAUAAAGUUACUCUUGGGAAAUACUCUGCUGCUCAUCUUGCUGCCAUUGGAGGACACAAAGAAUGUUACCAAUAUAUUUUAGCAAGAAUGAAUGAUGUUCAAAAGGAAAUGAAGUGUAACAUUCAACUAACAGCUGCAGAUUUAAUGAAAAAAUAUGAAGAAUUCUGUUCCAAUUGUCAGAUGCCCUUGAUGACUCGUGAAGAGGCACUUCAUGUCAAAAAUGAAACUGAAGAUGGAAAACGAGCACAUGAACUUCUGUACAUUAAAGGAAAUUAUCUAAAAAUAACCAAACCAGAUGACUUGAUUGAUGCUGCAGUUAAUAACAUGUGUGAGGAGAAGAAAGUUAAUGAGAUAAAGGAUAAAAUAAAAAUAGAAACAGACAAACUACUUGAAAGUAUUGAAGACAAGAAGUUCAAAGGUAAAACCAUUCUCACUGGACCUCUUAUGGAAGGAAAUGAGAUUUUUCACAUCAACUAUGUUGACUUUAUGUAUGAAGUAUCUCCAGAGUAUGACAUCAUGUGCAAAAGUUCUGAAUCACCUGGAAAAGGCACUAUAAUUGCAAAGGAUCUUCCACUGAAAGGAUCUACAUUUAGAGAAGAAUUUGCUAAACAUAUAAAGAAAGCAAUUAAGAAUUAUGUAAGCAAAUCAUCAGAUAAAUCUGAUAUAUCAGUUGCACCACCUUUUUUGCUUCACACACAUAAAGGUGUGUACAUACGCUGGGUUUGGAACCAUAAAUAUUUCUGCCUUCUGACUUCUUACAUCGUGCCAACACUGAAAGCUAAACUUUCCACUAUUGACAAAGAAGAGUUUGUAUUCAUUACCAAUAUUUAUGAUGGGUGGAUAUUACGUAAGUACCAAGAAGAAAAUAAAUACUUCAAACAUCUUACAACAGAUGACAGAAAAAUUUGGUUAGUUUGCCGCCUUCUUAGAAAAUUGACUCUGCAACUUUGGUUUGCUCCAAGAUUCAAUACAAAGAGAUACACACAGUCAUGGAAUACUUGGUCAGUUGGCAUUGAAGGUUUGGAAGAAAGAAUCCUUAAACAACUAUUUAAAGACGAGAAAAGCGCAUCCACAGAGUGGGACAAAAAAUCUGUGUUUGAUCGAGUUAUGUCAGUCUAUAGUCGAGCAGUAAAUAAAGAGUCAGGAAAAUGGGUUCCCAGACCAGAUGAUGACUUUCAUGGAAAAGCUUCAUCGGUGUGCGGGAUCCUGGAAUAUCUGGAGUCUCUUAAGAAAAACAAUAAUUUCUCAAUUUUGCCUUCAGAUUUACUGCAAGAAUAUUGGGUGAAUGAAAGAAAAGUACUUAAGGAUAUUUGUUCAGGAAAACAUGACCGAACGAAACUCAACGAAGAUGAAACAAAUAUUCUUAAGAAGUACAUUGAACAACUCAUGUACGAUGUUGCACGUCGACACAAAGAAUGUUACCAAUAUAUUUUAGCAAGAAUGAAUGAUGUUCAAAAGGAAAUGAAGUGUAACAUUCAACUAACAGCUGCAGAUUUAAUGAAAAAAUAUGAAGAAUUCUGUUCCAAUUGUCAGUUGCCCUUGAUGACUCGUGAAGAGGCACUUCAUGUCAAAAAUGAAACUGAAGAUGGAAAACGAGCACAUGAACUUCUGUACAUUAAAGGAAAUUAUCUAAAAAUAACCAAACCAGAUGACUUGAUUGAUAUUGCAGUUUAUAACGUGUGUGAGGAGAAGAAAGUUAGCGAGAUAAAGGAUAAAAUAAAGAUAGAAACAGACAAACUAGUUGAAAGUAUUGAAGACAAGAAGUUCAAAGGUAAAACCGUUCUCACUGGAUCUCUUGUGGAAGGAAAUGAGAUUUUUCACAUCAACUAUGUUGACUUCAUGUAUAAAGUUUCUCCGAAGCAGGACAUCAUGUGCAAAAGUUCUGGACAGCAUGGAGAAGUCAAUAUAAUCUCAGAUGAUUCUCUAUUGAAAGGAUCUACAUUCAGAGAAGAAUUUGCAAAACAUUUAAAGAAAGCAAUUAAAAAUUAUGUAAGUAAAUCAUCAGGUAUAUCUGAUAUAUCAGUUGCACCACCGUUUCUGCUUCACACACAUAAAGGUGUGAUCAUAGGCUGGGUUUGGAGCCAUCAGUAUUUCUGUCUGCUGACUUCUUACAUCGUGCCAACACUGGAAGCUGAACUACUCAUUAACGAGGAAGAAAACAGAUUUGAGCCUGUAUUAAUUACCAAUAUCUAUGAUAAGUGGAUACUUCGUAAGUACCCAGAAGAAACCAGAUACUUCAAACAUCUUUCAAAAGAUGACAGAAAAGUUUGGUUAGCUUGCCGCCUUCUCAGAAAAAUUACUCUGCAACUUUGGUUUGCUCCAAGAUUCAAUACAAUGAGAUUCACACAGUCAUGGAAUACUUGGUCAGUUGGCAUUGAAGGUCUGGAAGAAAGAAUCCUUAAACAACUAUUCCAAGACGAAAAAAACACAUCUACAGAAUGGGACAAGAAAUCUCUGUUUGAUCGAGUUAUGUCAGUCUAUAGUCGAGCAGUAAUAAAAGAAUCAGGAAAAUGGGUUCACAAGAAAGAUGAAGACUUUCAUGGAAAUGAUUCAUCUGUGUGCGGAAUCCUGGAAUAUCUGGAAUCACUUAAGAAAAACGAUAACCCCUAAUCAUACUGUUUACGAUUACUUCAAAAUUUUUAAUCGAGCGUAAUGAUCAGCAGUCAUAGCAAAUGACUGGUGAUGAAAGACUGAUUCAUUGAAAAAUUAAAGUAACAAUGUUUUGGUUCGAUCAAACUAAAAGAAGCUCGAAAAUCUGAAAAUAAAAUAGUGAGGAUACUUGAGUUAGUAAAGUUCUGAAAGGACUGAAGUAUCUUCCAGGUUUCAUUUCUGAUAUGUGAAAUUGUUGUAAACUGACUACCAUCAGUUGUUGCUUCUUCAGAAAAAAAAAUAAACCGAUGGCUUGUUAAAGAUUAGUCCAUUUUGUCUGAUAAGCUUUUUCAGUUAUAUUUUGCCAAGUCUGGUAGGUAGUGCUGAAUUGGGUAAUAACUCUUUGGCAACUUCAUCAUUCCUUUUGGUGAAUGAUCCAUCCUGGCAUCGCAGUGAAUAAAAGUUAUAUGAAGUCAGUGGUCAGCUUAUAGUUACUACCUUGUUUACGACUCACUUAAAUAACUUUAUGAAGUGGGGUAAGGGUAAUAACAUGCUUAAGACACCGCACACAAACUUUUUCUGUUUAAGAGAGUUGAUAUAUAGUUCUUGGGUCACAUUCUGAGGACACUGCCCAUCUUAAGUUUCAAUUUUUCUGAAUAGGCAUUGCCUAAUGACUUAUUUUAUUCAUCGUGCAAAUGAGUAACAGCUCCUGAACACAUCGGAAAGCCAAAUGACCCAAAUUCAGAUGACUCACGUCAGAAAACACUUGUCCUGUUUCCUGACAAACCUUACCUAACCUAAGUUCCUGAACAAUUGCUUUGAUUACUUCCCUAAUUAAGAAUGCAAAGUUGGAAGAGCUGCCAUUUAGUUAUCUACUCAAGGUCCCUGAAAUUAUCAAUAAGAGACGAAAUGGUUCGAGUGUGGAAUCAAUUUUACUGCCAGAUAUUAUUACGAGUAGUUUCCUUAAUAGAUAUGUAAAAAUCCCAUAACUAUUGAUCUACAGCCCACAUCUGUGUACUUAUUUUUAGUUUGUAUAAUGCAGCUUCGAGUUUGUAGGUGAGAUCAAACAGUACUUAAAGUGAGAAUUGCAAAAAAAAAAAAAAAAAGAAAAGCAGAGUCGUUCGUUUCAACCAGAUCAUUUAUUAUCAUAUGUUAUUCUCAACAACUCGAGAUUGAG